AUGACCCUCCUACACUUGGCUAUCUUGUUAUACGUUCCGUUUCUUUGCGCCUCAGUGCCAAUUCUCAAUGGUACCGACAUCCAUUCACUCGAUUCCAGCGAGUCUCCAUCCGACAACAACACCAGAACCUUGUGGGACAUCAUAUUGAGCUGUGCUGCGACCCUAUUCGCAUGUACAUGGACUGCAGUUCACCCGAACAUUCCGGGUAUGAGCGAGGGGACAUUUUCCAUUACCCUUCGUCGUCUAGGCAUCAUGAUCACGGCGUUGAUCGCCCCAGAAUUCAUGAUCCUCUGGGCUGCGAAGCAGUUCGUCAGUGCUCGUGCAACUGCAAAGGAGUUCAACGAUGCCUUUGGUGCACAACUUGCCCAGACCCACGGCCACCACAGAGAUAUAUCAGAGAGCGCAGCUCCUUUGCUUGGUGAAAAUCUAGAAUCAGAUGGAAGGCAUAGUCGACGUCCAAACGCUGCAAAGCUCAGAGGACGGACAGUAAUACGUAGGUUAUUUGCGUGGGUAAAACUGUGCACACCUGAACCUGUAGAGUUUAGAAAAUGGACAGUGACGCAUGGAUUCUUCGCGUGGAUGGGUGGAUUCAUACUCUACAUCGACGACGAGCCGCGGGCCACUCUUACACCAGAUGAGCUUCUGCGCUUUGUUCUUGAGGGAUCUGUGGACAUGCCUGACAUCACGGAGGCGGACAUAAAAGACAGAAGCAAGGGUGACGUACUAUCCAAAGGCAUCGCCAUUCUUCAAUUGAAUCUUCCAGUAACACUGCUUGAAAUCGACACCCUGGCUGUGACUACUCUGACCUGCAUCGCCUAUGGCUUGUGGUGGAAGAAGCCCAAGGACAUAGGACAUCCUUGUAUUGUUCAUUGGAAAGCAACAGCAUUCCCAUUGCCAACCGGCUUAACCUACGAAAAGGCAGAUUCAAGAUCCACCCACCCAGGCCGCCACGACCCCAAUCAGUUAGCGUCAGAUCUGCUUUCCCCCUUUUUGAGUCUUUCUGGAGUUGGUUCAGUAUACAUUUCCCGCCGUGCUGCCGAUUCUCGCCGCGUGCCAUCUCUAGGUGGCUUCAAAACAUUUGAUUGGGAAGGCAUGCUGCCCUGGUGGAAGCAGAGAUUUGACAGGAUGAUACAAACCAAAGAGGCGAUCUACUUCAUUUUUCAUUACAUUGCAGUAACGGAGUAUGAUAACUUGCCUGGUUCAACAUCUGGGUCGCUGUCAAAAUCGGAGUCAUCCGGGUGCAUCCGCAGUGCAUCCAUCUCCGCCAACUACAUCUCCUCCAAACUUCAUCAACUCACUUCUCCACGCACAGCAUCAGCAUUCUUAGAUCCGCUCCUCGAAAACGCAGAGCAUGCGGAAAAUGUGUUUGCGAGUUAUGUGUGGAAACGUUAG